AUGGAACAUUACACUUAUGGAAGCUUCUCAACGAAAUUGUGGGGUGCAAAAGGUGAGGUGUACAAAUGCCACUUUCAUAGUUUGCACGCGAUUGAACCAAGAAAAAUCAGAGCAAGAAAAGGAAUUACUGAAUCAGCCGACAUUAAAUGUGUCAUAAAAGACCACUGCAAGAGUUCGCCGUGCCAAAACCUGGGGACAUGUGUCAAGACGUAUUAUUCAUACACCUGCUUUUGUACGAAGGAAUACUACGGGAAGAAUUGUGAAAAGAAAGCUGGUAAUUUGGCAGGUAAACUCACUUACGGUGUCCAGUUGUGGUUUCCUCUGGAGGUGAUAGCGGGUCAAAUAUUUCCUUUCUUCAUCACUGUCGCUCAUGAAGGGGAAAAUCAAAUUAUCGAACUUACCACACCAUCAAAAUUAUUGAUCAGACUAAGACCGAGCGACAAAAUCCAAAACUUUGAUACAAAAUGUUCAGGUGGUAAAUGCAGGUGUGAUACCAAAGGGAAUUGCAAAACAGCUUACAAAGGAAUUUUGAUAUCCGACCUCUAUUAUUUGAAAGAGAAUUUUUUCCACUUGCCAAUGCUGUUUUUAAAUUUACAUACACUAGCAAUUGUGACCAAUGUUACCAUAAAGGUGUACAAUGAGAAAUUGAAUCUUACUGAACCAGUUUAUCAAGAAACAAUAAACUCUCUUGCCAAGUUGAGGUUACAAGACGUGUACUUUUACGACGAAGUCCAACCAAAUUGUGCCUGUCAAGUUAUUUCAGCGUCAGGGUCCAUAGAGUCUAGACCUAGUAUUUGCGUGCCUGACUAUGCUUUAAGACCCAAAGUCCCCUACGAUGUCAAAACUUUCUUUUCAUUUGAUCCAACAAUAAUUGACUUUGGUUGGCAAGCGUUUUUAAAACCAGGUGAUAGAGGUAAACUCACUGAAGUUGGAAUCCUACAUAAGAAAAAAAGGUCCAGAAUUUGUGAGGAUAAAAAAACCAUAAUCAAGGCCCAUUGGAGAUUUUACAAGGUUGAUGGAUUAUACACGAUGACUGACAGUGUAGAGAAGAGUAAGAAACUUGAAAUGCCGAAUGUAUGUACUGAAAAACAAGCAGAUAACGAUUUUAUCAACAACGUUUGCGAGCCCAAGUUUAACAAGAUGGGUUCAGCAGAUUAUGUUUUACGGCUGACUAUACAGUCCUACCUGCAAACCGGCGAUGUAAUACCAAAAUAUAGGGACGACGCCCUGUAUAACUACUAUUGCUAUUUUACAUUGUUAGGCAAGAAACAGAAAGAUUUUAAAAUCAAAGGGAAUGAAACUAUCAACGCGUGUAUGGUUAACAUUGACACAACGGCCGUCCCAAAUGAAGGGAAAAUGAUUUGGACAUGCAAAGUCAUAGAGAAAGGACCUUGUCCACCGACCGUGAUUGUGAAUGAUAAAACAUAUUUGGAUAACACAAAAUUUGUUGAAGGAAAAUAUGAAAUAUGUGCAAUUUGGGAGGUAGAAAAUGAACAAGUUGGUAGAAAAUGUGUAACAGUGGUGUGCAAAGAGAAAAAGAAGCCGGAACAUAAACCAGACUUGAUAAUCUCGUGCUUGGAGAACUGUUUGGUUACGCCAGACCCAAACGUGCCUGUAAGACUUAGGGUCAUUGACCGGAACACAGGCCAGCCUCCAAAGACAAACAUUACCUGGGAAAUAAGGGAUCCUGAUGGGAAAACUAUUUCUCUUGGAGAUGUCAUCAUUUCUGGAGGAGUUAAACCCUACGAAUUAAAAAUGAAUGUAACUAAACUGAAGAAGUGUGUGGCGUACACGGUGUAUGCACAAGAUGCUGCUAAGGACAAAAUAAUACCCUACAACAUUGAAUACUGCCCUAAUGAAAUCCCAACGGAAGGUAAUUGCACGAUGACUCCUAAGUCGGGAAUGAAAGGAUUUACAUUGUUUGAUAUCACAUGCUUUGGCUGGCAGUCGGAAGGACCGAUACUUUAUGAAUUUUUCGACAAAGGACAUGACGAUAUAGAACACUAUCAAGGUAGAAUGACUGGAUAUUCAUAUUCAGGUAUUUAUUCGCAAUUCAGGUUGACUCGAGGCAGGGUCGUAAUAUAUUUACUCAAUGAGGACGGAGACGGACCUUCUGUCACAAUCAAUGUUAAGUUGUAUGACUUUGACAGAAAUAUAACGCAUAUUGAAUACUUAAUGAACGAAAUUGAUGAUUACAUGGGAUACAAUAAUUAUCAACGUUAUACCUCAUGUAGUCAGGGAAAGGCAGGCAGCAGUGUGAACCGGGCGCACUCACUAUACUAUCAGAUGGUGGAAGGAAUUAGCACAUAG